UGUGUGUGUGUCUUGUGAGAGCGAACGCUUAUUUAAAGGGCUACCUCUCUCUCGCCAGGCGAUCGACACCAGCUCAGCAUUGUCAUUUUACCGCCUGCUGCUCCUUCCAGGGAAUAACGUGUGAACAGUCUGAACAGUUUUCCUCAGAGACGUCUGCUGAAGAAACAGUUCUAUACUGAGCUUGUUGCAGAAAUGCCUCAGCUGUCUGUGCUGCUGCCUCUGACAGGCCUUUUGUUCCUGCUCUCCUCAGUACUUGGCUCAGAAGUUAGUGUGCCCUAUCCAGUGACCUGUACAACACGUGGAGCAGACCUGACCCAGGACACCGUGGUGGUUUUAUGUCCACCACAGUGCACACAGUGGAGGAUGUCUGUGUUUGGGACAGGAGUCUAUGCUGCUGUCUCAUCCAUCUGUGGAGCUGCAGUCCACAGAGGUAUCCUGGGCCCAGCUGGGGGCCCUGUUAGGGUUCAUAGGCUGCAGGGACGGCACAACUACAUCAGCUCAUAUGCCCACGGUAUACACUCACAGGCCCUGUCUCACUGGACCGCCUCCUUCAGCCUCACCAGUAGGUGGAACAACUUUGAGCCCAUUAAUGUUCCACAGGAGCUGAUCAGCGAGACCAGCACCACAGCUCUUCCUGCAGCUGCGCGACCAGUAAAGAAACUGCUGAAGAAGCCAUCAGUGAAAAAAGCCCUGGCAGGUGGGAAUAAAGAUUGUCAGAUGGACAUUGCGAUGGUGAUUGACAGCAGCAGCAAUAUUGGGCAGCGGAGGUUUAACCUGCAGAAGAACUUUAUUGCCAAACUGGCGGCUAUGCUAAGAGUCGGACCAAUAGGACCUCAUAUUGGUUUAAUACAGGCCAGUGACUCUCCCAGGACAGAGUUCCUACUGACUAACUACACUCAACCUAAAGAGCUGUUGUUUGCUAUUAAGGAGCUGGCCUACCUAGGAGGAGACUCCAAUACAGGUAAAGCCAUCAUGCAUACAGCAGAGACCUUUUUCUCUCAGGAGAAUGGGGGGAGAAGGGGUCACCCCCGGGUGAUGAUGGUGUUAAUUGAUGGCUGGCCAUCUGAUGACCUGGACCAGGCGGCCAUGUUGGCCAGAGAGAGUGGGAUCAAUGUCUUUCUGGUGUCUGUCGCCAAACCAGCGCCUGAGGAGCUCAGCAUGGUUCGAGACAAAGACUUCAUGAAGAAGGCUGUGUGUAAAGACAACGGUUUCUUCAGUUAUCCAAUCCCCAGCUGGUUCAGCACCACCAAACACAUCAGACCUCUCAUUCAGAGACUCUGUUCACUAGACGGCCUGCUCUGUAGUAAAACCUGUUACAAUUCUGUGAACAUCGGCUUUCUCAUCGAUGGUUCAUCUAGCGUUGGGGAUGGGAAUUUCCAACUUGUCCUGGAAUUCCUAGCAGGAAUUGCAAGAAGCUUUGAAAUCUCAGAUGUGGGAGCUCACAUUGGUGCAGUGCAGUUCACCUAUGAACAGAGAUUAGAGUUUGGCCUGUCUGACUACUCAAACAAGGACGAUGCCAUCAAUGCUCUGAGAAGGAUCUCCUACAUGAGUGGAGGAACAUCGACCGGUUCAGCCAUAAGCUACACCACUCAGAACCUGUUCAGACGAACAGGACCGGGUCGCAAUUUUCUCAUAGUGGUGACAGAUGGCCAAUCGUAUGAUGACGUCAGAGGCCCAGCAAUGGCUGCACAUAAGCAAGGCAUUACCAUCUUCUCAGUGGGCGUGGCGUGGGCACCCCUGGAUGAUCUCAAAGCGAUGUCAUCAGAGCCAAAGGACAGCCACACUUUCUUCACCAGAGAGUUCAGCGGCCUUUCUGAGUUUAUCCCACUAGUGGUCCGAGGCAUUUGCAAAGACUUCACUGAGAAUAACUGAGAACACACACAAGGGUUUGCAUUUCUUUAUUUGUGAGGACCCUUACCUCGUCGUUCAUCCUCAUUAGAAAGUACUGAUUAAAGUCACAUGAACGACCAUUACAUUCACAUAAACACUGUCAGAACAACACGCGUAUCUACAGUGACAAAAGUUUCUACAGCAACAUCUUUUAUAUAUCUUAUUUCUUAUAUUCUUUUACACUGUGUACUCAGACAUGUAAAGAAACAGAUAUAUUUAAGGACAAUGGAUUUUCCUACAAUUUCCUACACAAAGUGUCCAACACUUGUUUUUUUGUGUGAGUACAACCACUUAUUUAAAUUUAUAAUCUCUAUUAAAUCAAUUAUGUUACCUGAACUGAUUUGCUCCAACCGACACUUAACAGCAUACUUUAACUGAUAUUGUUUGCACCUAAAGUAUGAAAACCCCACCACCUAUUUACUACAAGAUAUAGCUCUCUAUGACAUUCACAGUUCUCCAUGUAACAGUAACAGUAGUUCUAAUUGGCUCUCAUUUAAUAGUCUAAAAGUGAAAUGUGCCUUUGUAGCUUACCGAUCUCAAAUCAUAUUCUCUAAAAUAAAUCAUGAACAUCCUCCUAGCACAUUAUAACAGUGCAAUGAUUCAAAGUUUCACGAGCUAAAUAAUGACUCAAUUCCUUAAAAAUACACUUCUUAUAAAACUUGCCAUUAGCUAAACCCGUCAUAAAUUCAAUAACAUAUAUACAUCUGUAUAUAUACUGUACACAUUUAUUUACAAAUACAGAAAACACAUUAAUGUACAUAAAGGUCUCUUACACAUUAAAAUGUUAAUUCUAUUUAAAUUUUUCAACAAGCUGUUGGAAAAUCAUUCAAAAAUCAACUAAUUAAUAACAAUAAUUAGCUGUCUGUAUGAAAAUAUCAGUAACUCCUCACAAUGACAAGUCCAAUCUGAAGCCAUUACAGUGUGUAGCUAUAAAUAAAAUUAAAUUUUAAAAAAGCUAUAUGAAGGCAGAAAACAACAUGAAAGAAAAUUGCUAAACAAUAAUCUUCGAUCAGGUAUGAUUGUUUAAGAAAAAUGCUAGCUUUGUGCUAUAAAAGUUUUAAAAUAGGUUUUAGCCAUGGAGGGUAUAAGGAAUAUAUUCAUAAUCCAUGGAAUACAUUGAAUGAGGCAUUAUAAUAGAUUUUGAGCCCAAAAUACAAUCCCCAUUGUUAAUUUACAUGAAAUAGGCCUUAUAAUUCUGAGUAAAAAAAAUACUUUUCAAAGGUUACUUUGUAAAUAUGUUUUUUAUAUAUAUCAUGGGUAAUCCACUAACAGUAGUAUGUACAUUCAUGUUUAUAUCACAAAGCUGCUAAGAGAUUAUUCUGGAAUAUUUUCUAACAGCUAACAGUUUGUAGACAGAGCAGCUCUCCUGAUGAAUGUUUGUCUUGAAAAGCUUGCCGGGGGUGAAAGCUUUGCACAGCAGUCAUUUCCUGCAGGAAGGUGUAUAAAAUCCUCUAGUUUUUUUUUUUUCUUUUUCUUUACUUUGUCUGAUUUGUGGCAUCUGAUGAUUUCAACUUUUUAUAUAGACUAACCCAUGCCCUUAACUCCAUCUCACAGCCUUGCUCCAAUAUGAUCACAUGACUUUUCUUUUGGUAUAUGUUUUACCGGUGAUUGUUUGUUAAAUUCUGCCAAACAGAAAUAAAGUCUUUGGUCAUCUCCUAUUUGACAUAUUUUAUUUAACCUAUAAAGCCAUUUGGCACGUCUGUUAUUGUUCUAAUAUACAAACUGUGUAGAUGUCUGUGGAUUUCCUUAAGGUGCAGUCUCUUUCUCUGUAAUAUCUCAUUAACAAGGACAGAAGUGUUGCUGUGUUUACACUGUACACCUAGACACAUAAAUCUUUUGGUUUAUGUCAUUACUUUAGAAAAAUAUCAUUUAUUUAGCUUUGAGCAAGACUCAGAGCAGGACUACCUGUUUUUUCUCCAUUAUGAUUAAAAAUCUGCUGUCUGAACAACUACAGUUUUAAAGGUAGGGAGAUAUAAGAAAAUAGUGGCUGAAGUAGCUUGUUUUACUAAAUUUAUUGCAUUUUGUUUGCCAAUUUUUGCAUCUGUUUGCAUUUAGUCUUUGACAGAUUACAAACAACAUGUUUGUAAGUUGAGGCAGGGUGCUAGUUUAAAAGAAAGAAAGAAAAUGUUUCUUUUCACCAGUUAAGUAAUCAUCGUCAUUUCUGUCACAUUUAAAAUUUUGCCAUAUUGGAUUUUUAUAUCGAAACUAUAUUGAAGACAAAAAAUUCGUCUGUAAAUAAGUUCGGAAAAUUGUGCUUGUUAUCAUCACAAAAUCCCCUCUGUAUGGAAUCUGACACUUCAUCUGUCAGACAAGAGAUCAGUUCUUCUAAAAAUGUCCAUAUACUCAAUUUACACAAUUCUAAACUGAGGAAAGAAUUGGCCAAGUAUUUUUAAAUUGCGACUCUUUGAUGGAAACAUUUAACUGUAUUUAUUUUCUAUAUUUGCCAGUAGCUGUUUUCGCACCUGCUCCACUUGCCUGUGUUCAUGUUACUGACAUAGACAGGGCACCAUCUGGUGGCCAAAAUAUAGACAACAGGAAACGAUGAGGAACAGAGACGUGAGUUCAUUUACUGGAGUUUCUUCUUUAUUAUUGGCUGUUGCUCUGUUAACAAUGUAGCUGAUAGCUUGUUACUUCAGCAACAUGCUAAUCCAGUGAUAGAGGUCUGUGUCUCCAGGGACACUACAAACAGGAGUCUUCAUGCUUUAUAAAAUGUAGCCUAAUGUAAAUGUAAAGCCCUCUGUGUAAAUCAGUAAAUAAAA